AUGACCAUUCUGCGAGCAGUGGUACGCCGUCAUCUUGCCUCAGGGCUAGCAAGCCACGAUUUGUGUGAUUCCAUGGGCUUUGAGUUGGAGUGGUUUGUCUUUUCCUUCUUGCACAAGGAUGGCAUCCCUUGGAUUCCUAGUGAAUUCUCAAAGUCACAGCCCGAUGACAGCGAAGGUGACCGGGAAGGAUCGUCAAAAUUUACCUUUGAAAUGGAAACAAAUGAAACAGAAAUUGUGAAGGGCUCAGCUUCAAGUGCCGAACAAAGAGAGUCUGUUACUCCAUCGUUUCUAGAGAUCUCAACAUUAGAAAGUCCACAGGGAGUUCUUGACUUAAGACGCCAUCUGGGCGAAUUGAGCAAGUGGAAGGGUUCAGCCUUCAAAGAAGCACUAGCUGUCGCAAAGGCUGUUGAGAAAACCAUGAAUUUUAUUAUGCCGUCUUUCGAUCGAAAACAGUCGGUGAAUGAAUUUGUUUGGUCAAUUAAAGUUAACUACAAUCGGAGAUUAGACGGAAAUAUCAACGAUGAUACUGCCGAGUAUGUCAGGAUGGUUGUCAAGUACUCUCCGAACAAUGGUUGGACAGCGCCCGUGGAUGAGAUAGCUGCCGUACUCUCGCUUUGGCUCUAUUCUAUGAGAGAGGUACACGAUCCUGACCCCAAUCACACGAGCUACGACUUUCCCUCUGGCAACGAUCGUUGGAUACGUGGUAGUCCAGCUCAACAACAACGAUGUCUGCAAGUUCUCGGACCAUUGGAGGAUGUUUUACUGCGAGAUCUUAAAUGGUGGAUGCCUAAAGGCCUUGACGGAAUUCUCGCCGCCCGGGUUAAAGAUCCAAACGUCGACAACAAUGACGAGUUUCCUUAUACCGUCAAGAGGGAGCGAGUGGCACACAGCGGUCAAAGGUGGCCUAGAGGAGAACGAAAUGAGAAGGCAUUGACUGAGAGUCUUUCGUACUGGAAUUGGAAAAUAGCAGAGGACCUUGGUAACCAUAAUGACGGCGUUACAUAA